UUUUUUUUUAUUUCUCUAUAUAUAUAUAUAUAUGUGUGUUCAUGUAUAAAACAAUAAAAUAUAUAAUCGCGUAGCGUGUAACACACAUUUGUCUAAAUGAGCGUGGCCGUUGAAAAUGCAGGCCCAUUUAUUGGCAUACGACAUCUGCAGGCAGCGCUGCUCUUCUUUGCGAUUGUCGUCAAUUACAUAGCCCGGCUCAAUGUCAGCGUGGCCGUUGUGGCCAUGACGGAUGCCGCGACCUCCAAUCCAGACUUUCCGGAAUACAACUGGUCGGAGGCGCAGAGAUCCUACAUACUGUCCAGCUUUUAUUGGGGCUACAUAAUUACCCAGUUUCCGGCUGGGUUUCUGGUGCGUCGCUUUGGCGCCAAGCUGGUGCUCUUUAUACCCACCUGCGCCACGGCCGUGCUGAGCGCACUGACGCCCUACUGCAUCGGCUGGGGCGGCUGGGUAGCAUUUAGUGUGCUGCGCAUUGUGAUGGGGCUGUUCCAGGGCCUAAUUUUUCCGUGCAUACACGAGCAUCUGGCCAAAUGGUCACCGCCCAAGGAUCGGAAUCGUUUAGGCGUGUUUGCCUACUCCGGCGCCGAUUGUGGCUCCGUUCUGGCCAUGGCUAUUAGUGGCCUGAUUGCCAACAGCUCGCUGGGCUGGCCGGGCAUAUCGUAUGUCUCGGCCGGACUGUGCGGUAUCUGGUGUAUUCUCUGGCUGCUGCUGGGUGCCAACAAUGCGCCCAGCUCUCGUUUCGUGGGACUCGAUGAGCGUUUGUAUAUCGAACGUUCGAUGAAGCGCAAUGAUGGCUUCCAUGACCAGAAGAUACCAAUACCGUGGCUUGCGAUUUGGACCUCGGUACCCUUCUAUGCUCUGCUGAUAGUUCGCAGCGCCCAGGGCUGGGCGAACUCCACAAUGCAGCUGCAGACGCCGGCCUAUAUGCAUGGCGUACUCGAGAUGGAUAUCAAGAGCAAUGCCUUGUUCUCAGCGCUGCCGUUCCUGGCCAUGUGGUGCAUGUCCUAUGUCUAUCUGGUGUUUGCCGAUAUCGCCAUGUCCCGCCAAUGGAUGUCGCUGACCACGCUGCGCAAGUCCAUCAAUACGAUAUCCUAUUGGGGUCCGGCUGCGGCGCUGAUUGGCAUCGGUUUCCUUGACAAAAGCCAAACGGGCCUGGCCAUUGCGCUGAUGACAAUUAAUGCGGGCCUCAAUGCCGGCUCCGGCAUUGGCAGCAUUCUAACCAUCAUCGACAUGUCGCCCAAUCAUUCCGGCAUGCUAAUGGCAAUCGUCAACGGCGUGGGCAACAUUUUUCCGCUGCUAACGCCGCUGCUGGUGGGCGUCAUUGUCACCGACCCCGGUUCGCGCAGUCAGUGGCAAAUCGUGUUCGCCUUGACGGCCAUUGUCUUCUUCUUUGGCAACUUGGUGUACAUCAUUUGGGGCACCACCGACCAGCAGCCCUGGGAUGCGGUCGAUUUCCUUGGGCCGCGCGAUGCCGAGCACCAGCCGCAGUCGCAGCUGUCGCUGGAGCAGGCGAAAAGCAAGUUGAAAAGCGAUAAGGAUAUCUAAGUUUAGAUUAACUUCGAUAUCAAGCAGAAGAUAAGCUAUGAACUUAAACUAAGUUGAAAACUAAGCAACAAAUUAAUAUGCCGCGUGGCACGCGGCGUAUGCGCAAUACAUACAUUACGUAUACGUAGCAAUAUAUAGAAGAAAUAUAUAUAUAUAUAUAUUUGGCAUGGACCAAAACUUGUCUUGGCCGCAAAAUGUGGUUAAGCGUUGAUUAAACCGAAUUGUAGUCACUUUUGCGGACAACAGCGUUGAUUUUUAAUUAAAAAUUCUUUAAACGUUUUUGCCAGCA